AUCUCCGAGUGCGGGGUGAAAGUCACGGAAUCAUAUCCGGUCGGAGUUGGGCCGAAUGACACCAUCCACUCAGCAAAUGGACAUAUAUAAUCCUCCACGUAUUAGUUGACAAUCGCCACAAUCAGUCACAGGGGUGUACAGUCGUACAUAACAAGCCAUCUAUAAUAGAAUCUUACACCAUGACUGAAGGCGAACCCGAGCCCAAUGGGGACUACGACCUCGAAACCCCUAUCACAUCUGCCUCGGGGCUACGCCAAGGUCUAACGUCCUACGGAGAUGCCCAUUUCUCUUUAUUCCUCCGCAAGGUGUUCAUCAAAGCAUUGGGAUAUUCUGAAGAUGCUCUUUCCAGACCAAUUAUCGGUAUCAUUAACACUUUCUCCGGGUUUAAUCCUUGCCAUGCCAAUGUACCUCAACUGAUUGAGGCCGCUAAGCGCGGUGUCCAUUUGAAUGGGGGACUGGCGGUGGAAUUUCCCACCAUCAGCGUCCAUGAAUCAUUCUCUCAUCCGACGAGCAUGUUUUUGCGUAAUUUGAUGAGUAUGGAUACGGAGGAGAUGAUCAAAGCGCAGCCAUUGGACGCUUGUAUUGUGAUUGGAGGUUGUGACAAGACUGUCCCUGCGCAAUUGAUGGGUGGCAUAUCAGCUAAUAAGCCGAUUUUACCCUUGAUCACGGGGCCAAUGCUACCGGGCAGUCAUCGUGGUCAGAGGAUUGGAGCAUGCACCGACUGCCGUAAUAACUGGGCGUCGUUCCGGGCUGGCGAAAUCGAUGUUGAAGAGAUCUCUGCCAUUAAUGAAGAGCUUGCACCAACGAUCGGAACCUGCGGCGUUAUGGGAACUGCCAGCACCAUGGCAUGUGUCACUGCGGCUCUAGGAAUGAUGCCUCUACGAGGUGCAUCCGCCCCGGCCGUAUCUUCUGCACGACUACGAAUUGCAGAAGAAACCGGCGCAAAUGCAGUGGCGGUUGCAAAAGCUCAUAGAAAGCCACAGGAGAUACUGUCCAAGGAGUCAUUCCUGAAUGCAGUCACCGUGUUACAAGCAAUCGGCGGAUCGACAAAUGCCGUUGUUCAUCUAUUAGCCAUCGCAAACAGACACCCGGCCCUGCAAGGAGUGAUCACCUUGCAAACCGUUGAAGAGAUUGGCCGAAAGACUCCACUCUUGAUCGAUCUUAAACCCAGUGGAGACAACUACAUGAACGACUUCCAUAAUGCGGGGGGAAUGAUGGCGCUGUUACAAGUCCUCAGGCCCCUACUGCACUUGUCUGCGAAAACUAUAAGUGGCCAGACUCUUGGGGAGGUUCUGGACGCUGCCUCGUCUAAAAGACUCUCUUUCGAGCAGCAUAUCAUCCGGUCUCUUUCGGACCCUCUUUACCCCUCCUCUUCUUUGGCCGUUCUUUACGGUAACAUCGCUCCCAAUGGGGCCGUGACCAAAGCUUCAGCAUCGAAAUAUCGAUCCUUACUCUCACAUACCGGGCCGGCAGUCGUAUUUGAAAAUUCAUCCGAUCUAGCACUUCGGAUCGAUGACCCAGAUCUUCCAGUGACCAAGGACAGCGUAUUGGUGCUCAAGGGUAUCGGUCCGAUCGGCAAUCCGGGCAUGCCCGAAGCAGGACUCAUUCCCAUCCCGAAGAAACUAGCUGCUGCAGGCGUGAAAGAUAUGCUACGCUUAUCUGAUGGACGUAUGUCGGGCACAGCCGGGGGUACGAUAAUCCUCCACAUUUCGCCCGAGGCAGCGCUGCCCGAGUCGCCGUUUGGAGUAGUUCAGACGGGUGACUUGAUUACUUGUGAUAUCGAGAACCGCAGACUUCAUCUUGAGAUUUCGGAUGAGAUCUUGCAGAGUCGGAUCAGGGAAAGGAGGCAGAUUCUUGAGAGUGAAAAGGGGCCAAUCCAAGCCCGCCAGCACCGAAGAGGGUAUCGGGGCUUGUAUGAGCGGUCGGUUAAUCAGGCACACGAGGGGACUGACUUUGAUUUUCUCACUGCCAAUGGUGGUGCAGAGCACAGAACCGAAUUCGAGGACUACAUCGAUUAUUACACUAAACGUCUUGGACUGAACCUACUUGCACGUAGAGAGACAGAAGAUGCAGAAGCAAUUCUGCCCAUAGGGCUCUUUUACCACUCGCAAGCCACCCGGACCUGCCGCGUGGCAUGACUCGUUUUGUUCCUCAUCAUCCUAUUUAGGAUCAGUG